AUGGCCAGCGCAGAAGUGGAGUCGACGAGUGCGUGGCUGGAAUCCCAUUACCAGGUUUUGGGUCGUCUUGGUGGUGGAGCUUAUGGGUCGGUCUUCGCUUCCAAGAGGAAAACGAAGUUUUUUCAUGCGAAAACAGAGGCAUGCAAGGUGAUGGAUAGCAGAAACGCCAACUUGUGUGAUCACGAGGGUAAGAUUAUGCGAAAGCUACAUGGGCUGGAGGGAGUAGUGUCACUGCACAAAGCACAUAAGGACUCGGAGUGUACUUGCCUUGUGAUGGAGCUGUGCGCGAGCGAUCUGAUGGCGGCCUUGGGUACGGAGCUUACGCCGUACCAUGUCCCGACGCUGGCGAAUCACUUCCGCCACCUUGUGCAGACCGUGCAAGCCAUGCACAGGCUUGAGGUCGUGCACCGCGACCUCAAGCCGGAGAACAUACUCGUGACCAAAAAGGGGGAGCUAAAGCUGGCGGACUUUGGUGUGGCGGUGGAUUGUAGCAGUCGUCCCAGGGGCUCUCCGCUUAGAAUUCAGGGCGAAGUGGGGACGAGGAGAUACUGGGCGCCGGAGAUUGUGAGCGGCGGGGGAUAUGACGAGAAGGUGGAUGUGUUUGCGCUGGGAUUGAUCCUCUACUUCAUGUUGGAGAUGAAGAGGCCGUUUGACGGGUUUGAUCCACAUGGCGAGUGUUUCUUCGAGGAGAGGAGGCUUGUUUUUGAGCAGAGCCCUAAAGCUGCGCAGGAUCUGAUUAUGAAGAUGACUGAAAAGGACCCAUGGAGGAGGAUCACGUUGGAGGCGGCCUUGAAACAUCCCUGGCUCCAAAGAAGAAAACACUUUGAUUUUGUAAUCACACACAUUGUGUGA